AUGGUACCCGGUAACAACAGCAACAACAACAACAAAGUACCACCAUCAAUGAGGAGUGGUGUCCAUGAGGGUCAAGCUGCUGCUGCUGCUGCUGCUGUGUUAUAUCCUGGUGCUGCGGUACAAGCAGAGCUGCAACCACGUGCGGUAAAAUGCCAACAAUCUAUUGUUGCUGCUGCUAGUUGCGCGGCCGCAGUGGAAGAAAGCUGCAUGAUUGGUAUCAGGAAAUCGGUUGAAAGUAAUAGUAUGGUACAAAUUGAACAGCACGGUGCCGCCGUUGCCGGUAUUGGAAAUGCUGCAGCUGCUGCUACUGCUGCUGCUGCAGUUGCAACGAAAUCAAUUGUUGUGACGAACAAAAUGUUUUCGAAGGCUACACCACUGGAAGCUGGUGAUAAUACUGGCAUGAUGAUAAGUCAUCAUCAUCAUCAUCAUCGUGGUAAAAUCACCGCUACUGCAGCAGCAGCUGCUGCUGCCGCUGCUGCUGCAGCAACUACACCAGCUGGUGCAGCAACAUGCCGUGGCAUUGUUAAUUAUGUUUACAAUUGA